GAAAGUUUUGCAGCUGAAAUCCAAAUAAACUUUGAAUUUUCAUCACACAUUCGUUGGGCAAAAUCUAGCAACGAAUUUAAAAAAAAUUUAAAUUUGGAAUUAAACCAUUUUCUGAAAAUGGUGAAACCAAUUAAAUUAGUACGCAGCAUUUACAAGAACCAUUUUCUAUGGAGUCUGAUCAAAAGCUGCGCCCUCUUCUCUGUGGGUGUCUUCGUGGCCAAGGAGUUGAAAGGCCUAGAACUGAUGCCAACCGUGGGACCAGCUUAGACCAGCAUGCAAACACGAAACAAGUUAACUAGUUAAUGUCAACGUUAAUAAGUUCAAUAAAAACGAGGGGAAAAUGACAAUGUA